AUGGAGAACACGCUGGAUCUAAUUAGCCCUCCUAGUCAGCGUACAUCUGAAGAAAAGACGGACGAAAACGGCAGCAAUCGGCACUUCAAGAAGGCUAACACCAGCUCCAGCAGUGGUGCUAGCCGCACAUCAAUGUACAAUUUUGGCCCUCGUGGUAAUCGCAUGAAGCAAUACCAAUCACGUGGAAGAGUUGUGAAUUCUGGACGUUUUGCACAGGCGCCACCACCAUACAUGGGAAGAAUGUACGGGCUGGCGACUCCUACGGGUGUUCAAAUUUCAACGGGUCCACCGUUUCCUGGCGAAUAUUAUGAACCUCAAGGAACUAUGUUCACACCUCGCUCGAUUCCUCUUCUCGGCGGUAAGAACGGCGGCCGAACUACUGCGGCCAGUGGGUUGGGCGAAAGCUGUGGCGGCGUGAGACGCCGCGCCAAAAGUCCCACGUCAAUGCCGUCCAGUUGCGAGGGCUCGAGCCCACAACAGAAUCGCGAUGUGGAAGCUUCAGGAGGUGAACAAACGGCUCAAGACGGAAAGGAGAAUUACGACUCAGGGGAUGUUCGCAGAACCCAGCAAUCUUCGGAAGAAUCGUCUAGAUGCGAAUCGUCGCGUCGGGACCGUCAGAGAUUCUCAGCGGUCAUGCCUGCCAGUGAUCCUCGCUCGUCGGCCCUUCUGCGCAUCCUUCGCGCCGAGAACGGUCGCGUCACCUAUCCGCUCAUCUACGUCUCCGAAACCGGUUCUAUCUCCGUCAUUCUUACACAUGCCAUUAUUAUUGAAAUGUCGAUAGAUCGCUGCGUUCGUGUCGUAUGUCACGGACAAUUUGCCGCGCCUAGUGCAAAGUAUUGGCAAGUCAACAACGCAACACUUAAAUGCAGCGCUGCAGGAACUUAUACGAUUCCUCUUAAAAGGCCUUCGGCAGUCUCGCUAGAAACGCUCGAUUUUUCAUCUGGACACCUUGAGAGCGAUUUCUCACUUCGACUGUUCUAUCAUGAGGCGCAAACUGGCACCCAGAUAACAGUAUCGCCCGUAGGUAUGGCGGUGCGCCAGACUCGAAAUGGUGACAUUUCCGUUGAUGCUCGUCCGCGCGUAAUUCAGUGCAGUCCUUCUGUGGGUUCGAUGCAUGUGCGCAGUUCCCACAUCGACAUGGGAGUUCAGGAAAACGAAAAAGCGUACGUGAAGCGAGGUGUCAAGCGUGUACACGUCUCUCGAUCGGGAAUGGUGGUGUCUGACGGGAACUGUAUAACGUCAAUGGAUCAUUUUGGACGUAUUGUCAGUACUACGUAA